CGAAAUAAGAGAAAUUAUAGAUUUUCUCGACUUUAGGGAAACACUUUUUCAGUUUUUUAGAGAAACAGUGCAAUUUUAUCAAUACAAUAAAUUUGUUGACAUUUACGUUGAGGAAGCUUUUCCCGCUUAUAGUGAAGUAUUAUUGUCGUAAUUGUUUGUAAAUACAAAUAAAUCGAGUUUUUACAUUUCUGAAGGUAUCGUAAUAAUUCCAAUAUGACAAAAACGGCCAGCGAACCAGAAAUCAAAUUGGAAACUGCUCCUUUUGAUCCUAGAUUCCCGAAUCAAAAUCAAACUCGCCAUUGCUGGUCAUCAUAUGUAGAUUUUUAUCGCUGCCAGAGAAUUCGUGGUGUUGAUUAUGAACCAUGCCAAUAUUUUAAAAAAGUUUUCACUGCAAUGUGUCCAAGAGAAUGGGUAGAAAAAUGGGAUGAUCAAAGAGAACAAGGAACAUUUGCUGGAAAACUUUAAUGUUUUUUUUUUAUGAUUCCAUAGUUUUUUUUUUAACUCAGAGCUAUGAGUGAUAAAAAUUUUGUAGCAAUUUGAAAAUAUUAAAAAUAAAAAAAAAUUAUAUGUAUGUAUACAUUGUGAAAAAAACUGUAGCUUAAUAAAAAAAAUUUAAUUCAAUAAAUGUUCAAAUACAAUAAAAAAAUUUUCUCAGAAUUU